UACUGCUAUCGCCCACUCCCCAAGCCCUAAUCUUUAAUUUAUUGGCCACAAAAACACUCCCAACCAAACGCCGAGCUAUGGCUUCUCAGUCUGCUAGCAUCAACCCCCGUCAGGUGUCCUCGCCGGCGAAACAUGGAGAUACAUGGGAAGGAUGCAGCGUUCUCCUGGAUAUCAACGACGGCGACCGUCUCGUCUUUGCCCGACUCUCUUCCGGCGCGACUCUUAAGAUCGGGAACAAAAAGUGCUCCCUCAGACCAUUGGUCGGCUGCCCGUUUGGUUCAUUAUUUAGGGUCGAGAUUGGCCCUAACGGUUCUGUCCUUGCUAGAUGCUUUCCUUCUUCUUCUCUGGUUGGAAAUGCUGCCAUUUUGAAGGAUAAAGACUACUUGCAUGCAAAUGGUGAAAUGAAGGAUAAUCGAUCCUUGUUUGACAAUAAUACUGCACAAGGUCUCUCUUCUGAAGAUAUAGAUGCAAUGAAGAGGGAAGGUGCUAGUGGUGAUGAAAUAGUUGAAGCUCUUAUAGCUAACAGUUCAACCUUUGAAAAGAAAACAAUACUUUCGCAAGAGAAGUAUAAGAUUAAGAAGCAGAAGAAAUAUGCACCCAAAGUACUUCUAAGACGUCCCUGCUCCAAAAGGUCUCUAAGACUUGAUGCCCUGUGUCUUCUGCUGUCUAUGGCUAACGUUGGUGCCUAUUCAGAUGUACUUGUUUUUGACAUGGUUGGUGGUUUACUUACUGGUGCUGUGGCAGAACGUCUUGGAG